UGAGGGAGGGAGAGAAGUAGGAAGCUUGAGUUCAGUGACCCGUCCAGACCACGACUUCCAUCCCGCCAGACAACAGUGCUCUCCCAGCUGUGGCCGGUGUAGGAUAUGCUCCUUAGGGGGACUCACACGCGAUCUCCCUCUCAAAGCAUUCCGCGAUGGCUCCCCGCCUGGAUUAACGAUUAGGGCGCUCAGGAAGCCGUACCCGGAGCCGUAUCAUAGAGGAACGCUGCUGGGGAACGCCAUACUACCCUACUUCAGGAGAAAUCUAGAGUUCUUCUACGGAAGUGCUACAAGACCCUGCUACGAGUGACCACGAUAACCCUACUACAGGAGAACGUUACCACACUGUUACAGAAGAGCAUUAGAGCCAUACUACUGACGAAGGCGACGACUCCUCUAUAAGAACACGCUAUAACCGUACAUGUAAACAACGCCACGACCUACUUCAGGAGAAAAUCAUAAACCUGCAGCAGGAGAGCCCCACAGGCCUACCAUAAGGAGACUACGGCUUUACUACAUUAAAUCACAGCAUCCCUAGAAAUAGUGAUGCAAGAGAUGCUACAUAACAACACUCUUAGAUGACCUCGAAGUGACCAACGCUGACCAUGACCCCAACACACAGCCUAAGGACUCCGUGACGCCCCUCUGCCAUAUCCUACAGCCCUGAUUCCCUCCCUCAGGGUCACGAUGCUGGCCAGUGUCAAACAGAACCUCCUGGUGGUGGCGUCCUGCGGGGUGUUCCUCUACCUCUUCCUGAACCUGAACUUUGAUUUCCUGGCUGAGAAUAACGCACAGAACGCCGAGGCUGCUCCCACCACCACCACCACGACCACAGCCACCACCACCACCGUGGAGGAAAGCGAAGAGGAGCUGGAUUUCUUAGAGUUCAUGGUAUUCAGAGAGGGGGAAGAAGAGGAGGAAGGAUAUGCAGUAAAAAUAAACCCCAUUACACAAAAAGAAAACGAAGACAGGAACACAGAAAACAAAACACUGGAAACUUCACCGAUCUUACUUAGCCCUGAAACGAAUCCAGUCCAGCAACCAACACCAUCUGGGCAUCGGAAUGCGAUCAGACUCCCUUUGACAGAGUUUCCGAGCGUGAGUUACUGUGACAGCAAUAGUGAUCCGUCGCGAGUGAACAAAAGCAACGUGUACCCCUGCAAGCAUUGGCACCACGUUAAUGAAAGAGAUAAGGUCUGGCCCGUCAUCCUCAAGCCCUCCAACGGGAAAAUCCUGGAGUGGCUGUCGAAUAGGAGAUACGAUGAUCCGGAGGUAGAAGAACUAGUGGAGGAGCAGCUGCAGGUACAGAAGCAGCGCCUGGCCCAGAUAAGAGACACCUGCAAGGCUCAUCCCGAGGUGGCCAUCAAGCAGUACAUGUCUCUGGUGUGGGCGAAGGACAGGAGCCCCCCGCUGGUCUACUGCCCCGUGUAUAAGUCCGCGUCGACCACGUGGAUGACCUACUUCCUGCGCCUCAAACACGUCAACGACAACAACCCGGCGCUGCUGAGGAUGUCGAACAGGGCGAGGGAACUGAGGAAGUACAUGCCUCGUUAUGGCGGCGGCCACCACAGGGUCUUCACGGAGUACCCGGUGCCCAAAUCGUCGAAGGACAAGCGUCGCGUCUUCGAGGAUUCUGUCAGGUUCCUGGUUGUCCGCCACCCCUUCGCCAGGAUACUAUCGGCGUACAGGGACAAGAUCGAGAGGCCCUACCCCCUGCCCUUCAGACCUUACUUCCAGCAGCUGCAGAAGGCGAUCUUAGCGAGGUACAGGGAGCCAGGGGACAACAGCACCGACCUCCCACCGCACCCUACCUUCUCCGAGUUCGUGGACUACCUCAUUGAGUCCACCAAGAACCUGAAGACGGCGAAGGACUGGAUGGAGAAUGUGAUCUGUUGGAUUCCUUACUGGGUGCAAUGCGGCGUGUGCUCCUCCGACUACCAGGUGAUCGUGAAGGUGGAGACGAUGGUGGACGACGAGCAGUUACUGGCGCACGUGGCGGACCUGACGGAGAUACAGGAUAGGGUAGAGUGGCGGAACAGGCGGGCGGGUUCCUCCACUUCGAUGCUCCUCCCCGACUACUUCAAGACCCUCACGAGACACCAGGUUCAAUUGCUCCACCUCCGAUUCAAGAUGGACUUCGAUCUCUUUGGGUACACGAUCGAGGAGUACCUGGAUGUCGCUCGCCAGGUGUGAUUCUCGUUGUUGUUGAUGUUGUUGUUGUUUACCUGUGUUGAUGUGGUCUAUUUUUUUUUUUUUCGUUUUUGCUUAUUUUGUUUGUUUUGUUUGAUUAAUUUUUGCCUGUGUUGUUUUUAUUUCUUUAGCUGUUAUUGUUUUUUUUCUGUUUUACUUUGUCUUGUUUGUUUAUGUGUGGGUGUUUGUUAGUGUUGAUGUAGCUGUUGUUGUUGUUGUUAUUGUUUUUUUUCUGUUUUACUUUGUCUUGUUUGUUUAUGUGUGGGUGUUUGUUAGUGUUGAUAUAGCUGUUGUUGUUGUUGUUAUUGUUUUUUUUUCUGUUUUACUUUGUCUUGUUUGUUUAUGUGUGGGUGUGGGUUAGUGUUGAUGUAGCUGUUGUUGUUGUUGUUAUUGUUUUGGUUAUUUUGGUGUGUGUGUGUGUGUGUGUGUGUGUGUGUGUGUGUGUGUGUGUUUAUUUUGUUGUUGUUGUUGUUGUUAUGAGUGUUGUAGUUGUUUACGUUGUUUAUUUCCUACUGUUUGAUAUAUAUUUCUCUUUUGGGUUAUUUUUUUAUACUGGCUUUUUUGUAGUUUUUCAUGUAUUUAUUAUCUUCGCUCAUUACUCAUUCAUUCAUUUAUCCAGUUUACUUUUUCUCUGUCGUCUUAGAUUCCUUUAUUCAUAUCUUAGUCUUAUUUAUUUUUACAUUCUCACAUGAUUCAUUCUGCCAUUCAUUAAGAACAUAAUCGCUCCCGUAUUUAUUAACUCACGAUUUUUCGCCUUCCAUUAAUUUUUACAUGCACUUACAUUUUACUCACGAAGCGCCGCAUAUGAUUGAGUGAUUGAUAGUUUAUUGUUGCAAGUAAACAACAAAGGAGAAGGGAGGAGCAUGCCAUCCCAACCCCCAGGCAGUACCGAGUGUGAUUAUACAACUAAGGAUACAUGUGGAAGUAGCACCAGGAAACUAAAAAGAUGCAAUGGUAAGGGACAUAUGUGUUCCGGUUAAUGAUACGACUGUUAUAAAAGUAACGAGUUGAAGUAAUGUGCGUUCGUGUUACUGGCGAAACGAGAGAACGCUGUGCUUUUUAAUGGCGGACUGCGUUGUAAUGGAGUUCAGUGCUAUGCUUCAAAAGGAUAUACAGGGAUUAUAAGGAGAUUACAAGAAGCCAGAUGGCCCUCACAUGGCAGCACCUGAACCUACACUUAGCAGCUUAAUGUGUUAUGUUGCAGUUAUGUUUCAUUGGAGUGAAGUAAGAGUUGGGUUAGUUUAAGCAGAGUGUGCCUAAUGUUAUUGUGUGUCAAGCUUUACGUCGUGAUAUUAUGGAGGUUCUUAAAAAGCAAAGGAGAGAUAAUAACUACCUCGCGUUAUUACAAAGAAACAUGCAGGUCUUGGCGCCCACUUCCGCCGACCCCACCCCCCAACCCCAUCCUCCACUCCCCCUAAAAAAAAAAUAAAAAAAAAAUUAAAAAAAAUGUGCAGCUCAAAGCAUACAGGGAGGGUAUAUUGCUGCUGAUCGCAAGUUCAGCACGUGAUCAGACAGCGGUGAACGGCCACAUAUACACAAACAUGUUCAAUUUACACUGAAACUUUUGUCACCGAACAUAUUAUUACAGUUUCACUCGCAGAACACUCAAUGCCACACGCCUGAACAGUGCGAAUAAUAUAUCACUGUUUAUGUGAAGACGAUGAGAGGAGAAGACAGUGGAGGCAGCGAGUGAUAGUGGCUGUUGAUGGUGAUGGUGGUAGUGAUGAUGGUGAUGACAACGACAUGAACACCGUAGAAAACAUCGAAGUGGCUGUUCAGUCUGUCCUUGAACAACGAUAGAAACAAAAGGAAGAAGUGAGAAGGAAGGAAGGAAAGGGAAAAAAUGAAGAGAGUAAUAAAUACACAACAUCUCUGGAAAGGAAAGGAAAGAAGACAGUAGGGAAGGAAGGGGAGCAAAAAGAAAAAAAAAAGAACAUUUGAUACCUCGUUACUAUGGAAGCAGGGAACGAAAGAACGAAGAACAAAAAUAAUUUGAAAAGAAAGGGGGAAGUCAGUCCACUCUACGUCUCAUCACAUUUUCGAAUCCCUGCUCACUAAGACGGAAGAAAGGAAGGAAGGAAGAAAGGACGGGAGGAACUUAAACACUUGUAAUCAACCUGACCCCAAUCUCUGGCUCUUCCUGUCCGGCGAACCCUCCGAUGUUGGAAAGAGGAGCACAGAACCCAGCUGACAAUAAAGUAAACUAACCUA